UGAAAAUACCGACACCGUGGACAGGCUUUAAGAAGACAUGCGGCCCAUCGCAGCCUUCGUGUUGAGGAACACUCGAUUUUCUCGAAAGUUCAGCACAAGAAGUAGCGGACUAGCCAUGUAUGUCCAUCUGGAGUGUCCAGGUAAUCCAGUCACUGCCGUGCACUGCCAGGCGCAGCAGGAUCUGCCUAUUGUUGAUCGACUGAUAGAGCCACAAACAAUUGUUCAUUUCAUGGCAUUCGCGCUCGGCCAGCCACUUCCCGACGGUACCCGGCCCUCGUCUAUAGGCUCUCUAACUCCAGGCGAGGUUAGCUUUAUACAAUCCAGCCCCCCAGGGUCUGAUACCAAGACUAUCAUAGAUCAUGUCAUGAGCCGGAUUGGCUCAACAGAAGACGGUGGCCGGCUCUGCAUUGUCGGCAAAAAUAUUCAGUCCCUCAAAUCCCGUUUAUGGGAAGGCAUCACGCCCAUGAGCGAUCAACGAUGGCAGGAGAAAGGACUGCAUCUUGACGAGAAUUUCGCUCUAGCUUGUCAACAACUGUCGGGUGUGCUCGCGGUAUUUGAGUAUCUGAAUCAGCAACAAGUCCGAGACAAUCUCCGCGAGACGUUUAACCUCAUUCAUGAGCAUUGGCAGACGCUGGAUGCCCAACUCGCUCAAAGGAGAGCCCAAGCUGGUGAAGAUCCCAUCAGUGUGGCCGAUCUUUGGCCAAUAUACAUGGCCUCUCAUUACAAGAUGAUGACCCAGCAUGCGCAUCAUUGGGUCACGAAGCAUGUCAACGCUCUGCGAGCUCCCAUGAUGCAGGGUCUCUUGGACCACCAGUCCCCGAAUGAAGGGACAGGAGUACCAGAUGCUACGCAGUGGAAGCUCAUGGACGGACUGCAUGUGUUGCUGGAAAUAUCCGUCCGUGCGGACUACUGCAUCAUGAUACCAAUGGAAGGUUACAAAGGGUAUAAAGCACCGCCGCGUGGAAGUGGCCCUGCGGAAAUGUACGUCGCAGACUUGGCCCAGCGCGGAAAGGCUUACUCUCAGCGAGUGAAGGCACUUAGUCACCAGAUAAUGUUCGAAAAGGCGAUGUUUGGUAAUCUCGGAGGUGGCAGACCUACUCAAACCUCUGGAGAAUCUUGGCGUGAAUCGGCAAUGGAGCAACUUGAAGCCCAGGAUAAGAUCAGGCAAGAGCUGCGUGGUGAUUCUAGCGGAAGCAUACCGCAGGAGCAUUGGAUCACCGAGUCCCUAGCGUUGAUUCGUCUUGCGGAAAAGGACAAUACCCCCACAGACCGUGGACUCGCCAUCUAUCGCCUCACGCACGAGCAAUCCGAUUCUGAGUGGAACGAAUUCGUCCAGAAACUCGAAGCACAUAUCUCCAACUGGGGACAAGGCCAGCCGGGAAGCGAUACCAUCAAGCCUCAGUUAAAACUGCAUUGGAUAGAUGGGAAGGAACAUGGUCUCGCCGAAGGGGAUAUCGAAGCUGUUAAAAAACAUUUCAACGAACUGGUGGACAGCGACAAAGAGAAUGCAAAUGACAGUGAAAGUGGAAGCGACGAAAGUACAUUGCCUCUCACACUACAACAAAGUGCCUUCCUUGCCGUCGACUCCGCCUCCUUUGCAUCUUACACCACAGACACCUACGAAGCCACAACGUCCGAGUUUCUCCCAAGCGACUUUGCCGGCUUCGUUCUCGCUGUUGAUCCCUCAUUUGACCCCAAAGAGGGCCCGAGCCGACCGGACGAGUCACCCGGCUUUAACGGUCAAAUGCGUGUCCUUGGAAGCCUGGUCUGGGGUGAUUUGUAUGCACUACUAGUGUCUCAAUCGGCUGCCUUGGAAGACUUGUGGCCGCUGGCAAGGCAUCAUCCUAAUCAGGUAUACGUUGGGCCAACCGCACCGCUCGAGGUCCACAAAUGGCUAUCCCAGAACGCAAUUCGAUGGAACUUUUUGCGCGAGACAUUGCAGUAUGCAAAGCGUAAGCUGGGAUGGUGAUCGCCCUAGUUAUAUCACCAAGCUUUAGGUGCGCCAAUGUACCAUCAAUGGGCCUAAAGUCUUAUCCUAAUGCUUCAUGCUUCACGGUCUGUCAUAUGGUGUUCGAGUACAGUGGCGAAAAGUGCCCCUGGAUAUCUCAUCUUUUCCCCCUGCAUCUCCCUCUGCAUCUUUCACAUCUCUUUCCACAUCUCUUUCCACAUCUCUUUCCACAUCUCUUUCCACAUAUCUU